AUGCACAACUCAUUCAUGCUGUCAAUACAGGCUGAACAAAAGUUCAGAAAUAGUAAAGAUCUAACUGCUGUCUCCCUCGCCCCCCUACAGAUCGAGUUCAGUGCUGACCAGAUUGAAGAGUUCAGGGAGGCCUUCGUGCUGUUCUCCCCACCUGGAGAGAUGAAGAUCACAUACAGCCAAUGUGGGGAUGUGAUGCGAGUCCUAGGGCAGAAUCCAACCAAUGCUGAGGUCCUGAGGGUGCUGGGGAAACCAAAGCCAGAAGAAAUGAAGACAAAGAUGAUGGAUUUUGAGACCUUCCUCCCAAUGCUGCAGCACAUUGCGCAAUCCAAGGACCAGGAGACUUUUGAGGAUGUUGUGGAAGUGCUGCGUGCCUUUGACAAGAAAGGAAAUGGCACCAUCAAGGGGGCUGAACUGCGCUACAUGCUUUCUACUGUAGGGGAGAAGAUGACAGAAAGUGAGCUUGAGGAGCUAAUGGCAGGGCAGGAAGACGCCAAUGGCUGUAUCAACUAUGCAGCUUUUAUCAAGAAGAUCAUGUCUGAUUAAAAUGGGAAUCCUCAGCGUACUUCCAGGUAUCCGUUCUCCUACUCUUUAACAUCAGCAGAAGAUGCUCUUGUCAAAGAAAU